UACAUAGCAAUAUUACUCGAAACAAGUAUUAUAUUACAUUAAAUUAACAACCAAUUAACCAUGUCUAAAGCCAAUACCAGUUUUUUCUUCAUUAUACUUCUCCUCUGUUUUUCCCUGUCCUAUGCUUCUCGCCCUGGCCCAGCUUUUCACGAGGCCACCCUCAACAUUGAUCACCACCAGGAUCAUGUUGUUGAAUCAAAACAAGUUGCAAAUGAAGAGAGCUGCAACGGAGGGCAGGAUGAAGAAUGUUUAGAAAGAAGGAAUUUGGCUGCUCACCUUGACUAUAUCUAUACCCAAAAUCAGAACCCGUGAACUAGUUUGCUAUUUGGUACAUUGAAAGUAGACGAGACAGCUAUAUAUAUCACACAUUAAAAUUAGCUUACUGUACAUCUGUCCGGUUGAUUUUUCCUGUACCUUAAAAUGAAUUAAUCGCAUACAAAUUUUCUUCUUCCAUCCUA